AUGCGACACACCACAGGCUCGGGGAACGUCUUCCAAAGUUCACACCAUGUCUCCGUGGACAAUCCAAUGAAUGUCGUGAGGAGCCAUACCACGCAGCCCUCUACGUCUGCACUGGCUUGGAUACCCUUGCGGCUGGAGAGGUCUAAAAGCAACCUGGUUGGCCUCAGCGGCGAUGGGGGCAGGGGCGAAGUAUCGGCCCGGAGAAGGCGCAAGGCGCGUGGCUGCGGUCAUGCCCAACAGGAUUCAACUGAAAGCGGAGAGGAGAGGGAAAUGGGUAUUGCAGCAACUAUGGACGAGCGUCGAAAUGGAAGAGAGAAAAUAGAAUGUCGAGAACGACCUACCGGUAAAUGCAACUCUGGAAACACCAUCUCGGAUGAUGGUCUUUGCCAUGUGCAUGGAUGCCCCUACGUUGGGUGUUGA